AUGUCGCGGAGGACGCUGGGUGGAGGUCGUGUUCUGGGCAAUCCGAGCGCUCUCUCAUCAGCUCCGUCCCCGCAGCCGAAGCCACGGGUGCUCUCGCCGACCACCAGCAGCGUUUCCCUUAAUUCACAGACAUCCGCAUCCCAGCUCUCGACAGAAACUCAGGAUCUCACUUCACGCAUUUCAAUAGAGAAUGGCGAUACUUCGAUAUCUGCCGCCCCGGCUGCUCCGGGGGCCAAGCUCUCCUGUCCGAUCUGCAGCGAGGAGAUGAUGACUUUGCUGCAGUUAAAUAGGCAUCUCGACGACAUCCAUCAGAACUUGGAAGACAUCCGACAAGACGAAGUCAAAGACUGGUUCAAGGUCCAAAUGGAAAAGGCAAGGAAGUUCCAGCCUCUGGCUGUCCUAAACCAGAAGUUGAAAGGCCUGGAUGUGUUCGAAUCAAACGAGAACCAGGGCGCGCCUAUCCCCAGUCGUCCUUUAGCAUCCCACGCAGGCAUACCGGAGCCUCCGAGAUUACUAGACCCCGAGGACCUCAUCACAAAAGAACACUGGCAAACAAGUUGUAUAUACGAUGAGUGCUUAGAACCAUCAUGUGGGAAGCGAUUGAAUGCCACCAAUGGUUGCGUGAACUGUCGGAGUUGCGGAAAAUUGUUUUGCGAAGAACACACGAUGUACCAAAUGAAGCUCUCGCGGGCGGCACAUCAUGAACCGGUGCGUGGAAUAUGGGCUCGAGUAUGCGAAACCUGCUACAAGUCAAGAGAGGGAUACAAUGAUAACAAUGGAGCCACCAGAAACCAAAUGGAGGCGUUCAAAUCAAUAAGAAAACAGACUGUCGAUAAGGAGUUUUUGGAGGUUUCCCGACUCGAGAAACGAUUGACCCGUCUUACUCAGAUGUUGGCUAGUCUGCCACCAGCUCAAAUACACCCUAGUGCAACCAAACUUUGGUCUCUUGCGUGGCAGAAUGAUCGACGUAAGGAAAUAGAGCAAACGGUUGUCAGCUGGCAGGAUGAUGCCAGUGUGUCACGAUGUCCGUUUUGCCAGCAGGACUUUGCAGGCUAUACUUUUCGCAGGCACCACUGCAGAACUUGCGGAAAAGUCGUCUGUGGUGACCCUAGUACUGGGUGCUCUAGCGAGGUCGCACUGAGCAUUGCUCCUGUCUCAGCAGCCACCUCUGAGAAAACCAAUGGUGAAAACCUUGUCAACAUUGAUGUGAGGCUGUGCAAGGAAUGUAAAGCGACGCUGUUUGAUCGACGCGACUUUAAAGCAGACAUGACGCGAAAGCCGCCGGAGAUCAGGGCCUAUGAGAACCUGAUCCAGUUUGAGAGAGGCAUCCGCCUUCAUCUACCUAGAUUCCAAAAAUUAUUGACAGCAUUACAGGAUCCGAGGCGACCUCCAUCAUCAGCUCAGAUCGCAGAUGCAUCAAAAGUGCGCAAACGACUCAUUGAUUCCUUUGCGCAAUAUGAUAUUGCAGCUCGACGUAUUCGUGAUAUGCCAACCCAGUCCCCCACACAACAAAAACUACAGAAGGCUAUAUAUCAACAGGCCAGCAACUUCCUUCACCUCCACAUGUUACCUCUGAAAUCUCUCCCCAAAGUUCUCAAGCAUGCAAGCCCGGCGCCAGAGAGAAUACCCAGUCGAAUACCCAGCCGCACAAGCUCCCCGAGUACUCCGGUCAAUGGCUCCACGACAAGCCUACGGCCACCGGAGUCUGCUCUUGCGUCUAUCAAGUACAACAGCGUUGCCGCUAGCGGUAGCAAUACCAGCCUAGCCAGCGAUACAAGCAGUGCCGUCUCAGCUCUGGAGGCAGAAGAGAAGUCUCUUCGAGACCGGCUGAUUGUGCUUGAAGAACAGAAGUUCUUUGUGUCCGAGAUGAUCGCCGAUGCUAACCGGCGGCGCAAGUUCGACGAAGUUAGCAGCUUAGCGAUGAAUGUCGAGGAUCUGAGCCGUGAGAUCGAUCGCGUCAGUGGCAUGCUUGCGGGUCUCGAUUUUGAAGGUGUUUACACGGGGAAACUACAGCCAAGUUCUUGA